AUGGACUUCUCUUCUGGCUUUGGCAAAAUGGUCUCCCAGUGCGAGGCAAUCAUUGGAUACUCGUUCACCUCCAAGGUACUCUGCGCCGAGGCCCUGAACGCUGCAGGGGACUUCAAGUCUGUCUAUGUUUCGGAUGGCCUUUUUAAGAGGAUGCCUAAGAAUGACCGCCUCGCCGUCUACGGCGAUUCCACUGCCAAUUUCUACUUGUGCAGCCUCUGGGUGCAGCGGGGGCUUGACAAACAUUCCUGGACCACAAUCCGACGUGAUCUUGUCGGCAAUGAGAAUCUUGCCCGAGUUGGCAUGGAACACGGCCUCGGUAAUUGCAUCAACGUCAACGGUGGCACUUCCAGGGUUACGCCUGGAAUGGUUGCGACGGCGGUCGAAGCUAUCCUCGGUGCAGUACAGAGAGAUGGUGGCCUAGACGCUCUAGCCCGAGUCAUGGAUCAGCUGGGUCUCACGCAGCAUGACCUACUUUCCUUGGUAACGUUCCUCCUUCACCCGUCCACUUCCUUGGUGUGA